CAAAAAAAACGAAAACUACGACAAUUCGCCGGAAUUUCAGAAAUAAGAGGCCUUUGUAUUCCUAAACCACAAAUAAUGUCCAAAGUUAAUGAAAUUGUUGUCCUCUUCAAUGGUUAUUCCAGAUUAGAACCUGAAAGUACCGAUGUUUUCGUAUCCAACUGCACCUGCACGCUUAUUAAAGGAGUAAAUGGUUCCAAUAUCAUCGUUGAUUCCAUGACUCCAUGGGAUGGUCCGAAAAUUCUUGAAGCUUUGAAAGCCAAUUCAGUGAAACCAGAAGACAUAUCCUUUGUUGUGUCCACACAUGGUCAUGCCGAUCACACGGGCAAUAAUAAUUUGUUCCUUAAUGCUAAAUGGCACAUAGUCGGUCAGUGUAUAAUGCACCAGGAUAAAUUCCCGAUACAUCAUCCAUGGACUCCAUUUGAAUUAACUCCUGAUAUCCGAGUCAUAGAAACUGAAGGACAUACUCUCGCUUGCGUUUCAGUCGUUGUCGAGAAUUCAAAUCUCGGUGUGGCAGUUAUUUGUGGUGAUCUCUUUGAGAAAAAAGAAGACAUCGAUAACCCCGAACUGUGGCAAGAAGUUGGUAGUGAAAAUCAAAAGGCUCAAUACAAAAAUCGUUGUAAAGUUGCUGAAAUUGCUGAUUGGAUUAUUCCAGGCCAUGGAGAAGCAUUUAAAGUUACACAAGAAAUUCGAGACAAACUCAAAGAACAAUUGAUUAAAAAUAAUUAACAUUUUUUAUUUUUUUAAAAAUAUAAAAUACGCUCUAAAAACACUUUUAUCUCUGAGAAUCUUAAAGGCUAACUUGUAAUGUGGUGAGGAAUUAUUCUAAGAUUGUUUUUGAUGAAUGAUAUGAGUCUAUCGAUGAUAAUAAUGAUAACUAGGAUCAUUUAAUAGCUUAUUGGUCUACAACGUGUGUUGUGUGCACACAACCAUUAUCGCAGACUGUUUUGGCAAUAUUCGACAUCUUUCGGUAAAGUUCCAAAUGCUCGCCACUUGUUGUCUUCGCCAGAUUCUUGCGACAUCUAUCGGAAGCCUGGAGUGAGAAAA